AUGCGCAUUCGACAAGUAUUCCAUACAGUCAUUCAUAAAGGAUUAUACCAGCCACGUUCCCAUCGUAAGAAGCGCGACUACAAAAUUGGAGACAUCAUAGGUGUUGGUUCAUUCGGCAAUGUCAAAACCGCCAUUCGUCUGCAAGAUCAGCUGCCGGUAGCGAUCAAGGUGAUUCCCAAAGACAAGGUCAAUUACAGCAUGGUGUAUUCCGAAAUGGCAGUUCUUGAAGGGAUUGACCACCCAAACGUGCUUCAGUUUUACGAUUGGUUUGAAUCUCGGGAAAAGUUCUAUCUGGUCUUUGAGCUAGCGACGGGUGGUGAAUUGUUUGAUCGACUCUUUGAACGUGGAAAGUUUACCGAAAGGGAUGCAAUUACAAUGAUACGGUCGGUAUUGAAGGGCCUUGAAUACCUACACGCACGAAACGUUGUUCACAGAGAUCUCAAGCCAGAAAACCUACUUUUCAAGAGCCCUGAUUCUGAUGCUGAACUCGCCAUAUGCGAUUUUGGUAUCGCAAAACUUAUCGAUUCCGAAGAAUCACCCAUUUCACGAACGACUGUGUGUGGAUCGCCAGGAUAUGUUGCACCCGAGGUAUUACAACGAAAAGAUCAUGGUGCACCUGUUGACAUUUGGGCCGUUGGGCUUUGUGGAUAUCAGCCAUUUCAAGGCGAAAGUGGAAAGAUGGAACUUGUAAAUCAAAUCACAAAUGCACGUUACGAAUUUCAUGAUCGAUAUUGGAACACAGUUUCACAGGAUGCCAAAGAUUUUAUCACUCGGCUAUUGACAUUGGAUCCAAAACAACGACCCACUGCAAGCGAGGCUUUAUGUGACAAAUGGCUAAUAGGACAAAGUGCAACCAAUGUCGACUUAUUGCAAACCGUGCGACAAAACUUUUGUCCUCGAAGGACGCUUCGGAGUGCCGUGGAAGCUGUGCGUGUCAUGAAUCGGUUAAGGAUGAGUGCUUCGCUUUCUUCGACAUCCACUCUUCUUUGCGUAUCAUCAGCGAUAUCCGAUCAAGAUCUCCCGUUGGAUGAAAAGAGCAUCGCACCAUCACCAGUAACACCAACGACACCCUCAAAUUACCUCAUUCCCCCAACACCCAAUAUGCUUCGAUAG